AUCAAUCUCGAUGGGGAUCUCAACGAUGAUCGGUAUUCUCAUCUCGGUCCUCCCUUAGUUUUUCGUAUUUGGAUUAAGAUAUGCGCCGACAAGGAUGAAUACACCGGUAUCUUCCGCGGCAAAAAUAGAAGUAUGACCACUGCAGCUGAAGAGCAUAUAAUGCACUUCGUUCAGGAAGAGCAUCAUGUUUGCGUUGGCGACCCACGCUUUCCGCCGUUCUCCUCAUCAGCAGCUGUCUCGCCCCGUGCUUUACCUGGUGACUGCAGGUGUAGCGAUCAGGUUUACGUGGUGGGCAACUGCGGAUACGAAACCACCAAAGAGAAAGACUCAACAUCAAGAAAGCCACGAACUAUCCGAUGGUUAUACGUCUUUCUGGAACCUUGUUGCUACGCCCGCGAAAAUUAUCAGCCUCGUAGGACUUGGAGGCAUUAAUAGUCGACAUCUUUUGUCACCCGAAGCUAGUACAACAAUAUCUUCGACGCAAGCGUCACAAGACCAAGAACUCACGGGUAAGAGAGGCACAUCACACACUUGUAGAGGACAUGAUGCAUCUUCUUCACCUGAAAGAGUAUUUUCUCGCGAAGAGGACUCUCCUAACACACCAGAAAGAGAAACUGAAUUGCAAGAGACAGACGCAGAGAGCAAGCAUUACCUUGCGGCUGCGGAGAGGCGGCAACUCUUUUCGGGCCUGGCGUGGAGGUACGACUCGGCGAUGACGUGGACGCAUCGUCGGGUUCGGCGCGGUCAUGUGGGCCUAAUCAGGGACUAUGCGCACGGCGACGUACUCGAGGUCGCCUGUGGGACUGGCAUUUUCGCGAAGAACUACCUAGAAAACGGUCGCAAGCAGGAGAGUUCUUCUAAAUUGAAGCAUGAUCAUGUUGAAGGAGUUGACGAUGGUCGGAACGGACAAGGAGCUUCAGGCUUAAGGCAUUUGUUGUGCACAUCAGACGUUUUCUUGAAAAUCUCCUUGAAGAUGUAGAGCUAUGCUAAGAUACUUUUCGUCUGUACCGUUGUAACAAGCGGUAGAUUGUGGAUGCUCAUGAGAGGCCUUGUUGCUCUAAGAAAAACAUGCGAGGAGGAGGACGGGCGAUCAUGCGGGGGAAUCUCGAGUGUAACGAUGGUCGACAGCUGUCGAGAAAUGUUAGAGCGGGCGCAUCUCCGUAUUCACCAACUCUUCAUCAACCAAGCCUCUACGUCUACAACUGGUAAUGAGCAAGAGCUUGACUCGUCGAGUUUCAUUCUGCGGAAGGCGAGCACCGAGAGACUGCCUUUUGCCGAUAACAGCUUUGACACUCUAAGUCUAAUUGUGCUCUCUUACCUCCUUGGACGUCAAAUAUCUUAGCCUAUAGAUUGAUAGACAUGCUCCUGUGUUAGUCGGAAGACAGACACACAGAACAAAAAAUGUCGGCGGGGCAACUGUCGCUUAUCAACAAGUACUUUCUUUCUAAGCGCUGUCGUCGAUGUUCUAGGGAUAUGCAGCUACGAUUCACCUGCUGCGGCACUGCGCGAGAUGGGCCGUGUACUACGGCCGGGCGGAUUUCUUCUGUUAUCCGAGCAUGGUGUUUCGGAUUAUCCUCUGGUGCAGUAUGCGCAGAAGCACUUCUGGCAGCAAAACAUGGACGAGCACGGUUGUGACAGCACCCUUUGCAUCUUCGACGUCGUAAGGAACGCUUUGGGACUCGAGAUGCAAGAUAGCUCCGCUUCUUCGGCAUGCACUGAACGAGCUAGAACUUGUUUUAGUGCACCAUCAGUAGCGCCAUCUCCAACAACACCAUGCGGAGGUGACUGCGAUCAAGAUCAUGACGGGAUGAAGAAGAAGGAUGGCUCAACAACGACACCCUCUAACGUCAGGGAAAAGGAAUCACCUGCUGUGCGGGACGAUGGCAAAGCUUGUUCCUUUACGGUUGUUUUCGAACAAAGGCGUGCUCUGGGCGCCUAUUAUCAUAUGAUAAUUCGCAAAGAUCGCAUCUGAGGAGUAUUUUUUUACCUCGUGAUCGGAUGUUGCUGGUGAAUGUUUUUCUGCUAGUCCAUUUUACCUCAAUUAUUAUGAAUGCGAUAAAUUAUACCUGUUGUUCUUGUUGUUUAAAAGGACAUCUUCAGCGACAGCUGCAUGGAUGAAGGUUCCGAUGUGGGUAAAACUAGGAAGCAAAAUUGUCUGUGUUACCGCAGGAGAUGUGACAUCAAAUUAUAUAUUUGUUACUUAUCAUGGAAGAGGAUCUAAUUGUGAUCCAAAUCCAACCACGACAAUUUUUUCAAGAAUGACUGUGAUCCGUG